GCGCUUCCGCGUUGCCGUGGUUACGGCGUCCGCCGGCCUGGAGCUGUAGCAGAAGGCCGCCGAGAUGAGCCAGUCCGUGAUCGUGACGCGGCAGCGGGCCCACGCCUCGUCCCGGUACCGCAGGGACAUGGCGCCCAAUCGUGCCUUCGACUUUCUCUACGAUCCAUUGUACACCCUUUCAAGCGAGAGAGACCAUGCGCAAGCCACCGUUCGGGCGCAUCUGCUGAACGAUGAAAUGAGAAAGCUGCCAGUGUUCAGAGCUAUGUUCAGCAACCUGGUUCACUAUCCGCCGUUCACAAUGAAGCUGGAAGCGAAAAACCCUAUCCCCCCCUUCAUUGACCAGCGGUGGAGGGGAAGAGCGCAGCAACGCCUGGAGGCUCUUCAGAAUCUGGUCCUAUCUCAGCCUUCCCUUCAGCUUCCCAGAGUCGAGUACGAAGAUCCUGAAGUCACAGGAAGGAAUCGCUGGAAGUAUUUUGAACGGCCUUUCAUUCCAUUUCACAAGCCAAUUCCAAUGAGCGUCGUUUACGCAACAGCCAAGCCGGAGCCGUUCAGCCUCCACGCGGCACCCAGCGAUAAGCCCUCCUAUCUCAUCUCCCAAACCGUGGCUACCCAGACCGAUUAUCGGGACAGCGAAGCCCAGACGGAUCCCUACAGCCCGGAAUAUGUGGUGACUUCCGGAUCAAUCCCUGAGUUACUGACCCUUGCCACACUGACCUGGGGUCGGGGCCUUCCAGCGACCCAGGCAGAGGUGGAGGUGAUUGAGCGAGCGCGAGAGAAACGGGCCUGGGAGGCGACUCUUCCCCCUCUGAGUGACGCCGCACACAUUGCCAAGAGGAGGAGAAUGAUGGAGGAUAUGGAGAGGAAAGAGUGGGCCUUUCGAGAGGAAGAGAUAGAAGAACUGCAAGAAGUCCGACUAGUACUUUUAAAGGCUCUGCUGAAGAAUCGGGAAGAGAGGCACAACGAGAUGGACGUCAGCCGCUUAGACAACCGCUGGUUUUACCUCACGCGGCAGAAAGAAGAGAAAGUGAGGAAGAUUCUCCACGAACACACAAAAGCCAUCCGAAAAAUAAUUGCCAAGGGGAAGAACGUGGAAAGGAAACUGGAGAAGAGAGACAUCAUCAAGGACUACACGGAGUACGAAUCGCAGACUUACGCCCCACUGUCUAGAAUUGGUUACUUUCCAGACAAUCACGCUGACCGUUACGUAGUGAAGAAUGCCUACCUCAGCACCUAUGAGGGACUGCUGGAGCUGGAGGCGUCUCUCCCGGACUCCAUCACCCAGCCUCGGACGGAAGCUCCCAAGCCCCGAAGCCCCACCACUAAAGACGGGUUUACGAAACGGAGCGCCCGGCUGGAGAUGGAACUGGCGCAGGUCUAUGAGAUCCUGCAAAGCAAGAAGAUUCAGGUUCAGGAACCGCGGAAGCCGCUUCGAUUCCUCCAGAAGGUAUCCAAAGUGAUCAGCCGUGCUCCAACUCCGUCGCUGGAAGUACCUUCACUGAUAGAGGAAGAGAGAGAGCUGGCUGUGAUUAACCUGCAGAAGUUAAUCCGAGGCAGAGCCGUCCAGAACAUGAUGUUCGAAGGGAAGGAGAAGCGCUUGGAGUUGAUCCGGGAGCUGCGCACCACUCACGCUCUCCAGGAAGACGGCCAGCUCUUGAAGAAAGCCGAGAAGCAAGUGACGCUGGCCUUGCAGCGGCAGCGAGAUUUACACGAGAGCAAGCUGUACAUGAUGGAAAAGCAUCUGGCUCAGGUGGAAGGAAGGGCCAUCGCAAACCUGGUGGACUUUUUGUCCAAGGAGCUUGUCAGGCUCCAGGAAGAGCGGCGGAUCCACGCUUUUGCGAUGCUGGCCGAAAGGCAACGGCGGAUGCGGGAAGCAGAGGAGAGCGGGCGCCGGCAAUUGGAAGAGAGGCGCCGACGGGAAGAGGAUGAGAUCUUCAAGCAGGUUGUUAACAUACACCAAAAGACAGUUGACUCCUACCUAGAAGAUGUGAUUUUGAACAGCAUGGAGACGACGGCUGACGAACAAGCCAGAGAGGAGAUUCAGAAAGUAGCCAUGGAAAUCAACGAUGUUGCUUAUGAGAUGGAAAAACGCCAAACUCGCCUGCAGUCAGAGGAGAUUGUGGCCGAACUGGUUUAUCGCUUCCUGAUUCCAGAAGUGCAGAAAAUGGCCAUCAAGGAGAAAGUGAGGCAGGCCCAGAGAAAACACAUCCACGCCGCCCAUCAGAUCAUCCACGGGAGUACGCCGACAGCCGUCGGGACGCUGUUUCCCAGAGAGGCUGCGAGCCAAACGGCUGAGGUCGGAGGCCCAAGCGCUCCCCCCACAGCCGGACCCCAGGACGUUCCAGAGGCGCCAGGCCAGCCACCUGCCGCCGAGCCAGAACCGCCGCACAGAGGAGGACACUGCGAUCAUGACCACGUUCUGCCCCACAGCCACUGAGGACGGGGGAGACAGAUAAGAUGCACUUCGCUUCCCCGAACACUGGGCCCCAUUUGUAAGAACAGCAGCCGAGGAUUGACGCUUGUACAACUCCACUUUCCCUGAUGCGACCUUCGGACCGGGCGAGGAACUGAGGAGUAGAAGGGACUCUCCCCCCAGAUAGUGUGUGCUUCGGCCUUGGAGAACGGUGCGGGGAGCGAGACAAAUUCCUUCUGUUUCUGUUUCUCACCCAGUCAAGAAAGUUAUUUCACGAAAA